AUGCAGUCAUUGCACUUCGAGACGGACUUACGGUUCGACAUGGACGAGACCUUCAACAUGUGCAGCCAGCCCAUGACAUGCCCCUCUACCUCGACCAGCUUCUCAUCCGCCUCAUCAACCUACGAUCCUUUUACCCCCAACUCUCGACGAUCAACACCGCAUGAGCUGAGCACGCUAGAAUUCGAUGGAACCUACACCGGUAUCCACCGAGUCGACCUGACUCCCCCAGCGACCAUGAGCAAGUUCAUGUUCGGUCCCGUCAAGAUUGAGUCUGACCACCUGCCCUUCCCCGAAGUCCUACCUGGCACUCCCAUGAAGCGAGAGCCCAUGCCUUUCGACUACGACCACAUGCUCGAGAUGAACAUGGCCCAGAACGCUUCCAUGGGCUCGCUAACGCCAUCCAACUCCUUCGGCAUGUAUGCCAUCUCCCCCAUCUCCCCCGAGGCCAUUGGGGCCACCUCAUUCAUGAUGACUCCCACACAAAGCCUCUCUGGCUCCGAGGCCGCAGACACCUCUUCAUCAUGGUCGUGCGCCAACGACAGCCCAAUUUCCUUCUUCCCCAACAAGCAGCAAUUGUCUGGCGAAUUGGACGUCAUCGACCUUGACCGACACUCCAUGUCGCCCUAUCACUUUCACGACCAGACCUCGCCCAACCGGAUGCGAGCGGAGCGAAAGAUGAUGGUGCAUGAUAUUCAACGCAAGACCCACGAGCUCCAGCGCGUCCAGGUCCGCCCAACAAGGAAGCGAUUAGUCGACAAGCCUCAGGGCCCUUCCGUGGAUGUGGUCCGAAGGGCCAUGUGCAAGUGCGACUACCCCGGCUGCCACAAGGCGUUCCGCCGCAACGAGCAUCUCAAGCGUCACAAGCAAACUUUUCAUGGCGAGGGACCUAACCGGUUCUCCUGCGAGUUCUGCGGCAAGGACCAAUUCAACCGCCAGGACAACCUCAACAACCACCGCAAGCUGCAUGCUAGACCCAACAGCCGCAAUCGUGGCGUCGAGUUCAUCCCCGCAGCGGUGCCCAUCAUUGAGCAAGAGGAGCGGAGCCGGAAGCGUCGAGCACCCUCCAAGGCGAAGUCAGCCGACAAGCGGGGCUCCGAGUACUAG